AUGUCAGACUCCCCAAAUACUCACAAGCGGCCCUGUGCCGUAUCACAAACACUCAGAGUCACCGUGAUGACCAACACCCGAAACAUGAGGGUUACCCCCUCGGAAGAGCAUGAUGACCGAAGACACAAGAAAGAAUCAAAGAAAAGAGACUCUACCUCAUCAGAGAGCAGCAGCUACUUGGAGCCCACCCCAGUACAUAGUUCUCACUUCAGCUCCCAAGGCAAACUGAGUAUUUCCAGCUCAAGUUCUGAGAAGACUCGUUCCCACUGCAACACCAAAGGCAAACAGAAUAUGUCCAACCCAAGUUCUGACAAGACUAGUUCCCACUGCAGCUCCAAAGGCAAACAGAGUAUGCCCAACACAAGUUCAGAGAAGACUACUUCCCACUGCAGCUCCAAAGGCAAACAGAAUAUGCCCAACCGAAGUUCUGAGAAGACUAGUACCCACUGCAGCUCCAAAGGCAAACAGAAUAUGCCCAACAAAAGUUCAGAGAAGACUACUUCCCACUGCAGCUCCAAAGGCAAACAGAAUAUGCCCAACCCAAGUUCUGAGAAGACUAGUUCCCACUGCAGCUCCCAAGGCAAACAGAAUAUGUCCAACCCAAGUUCUGAGAAGACUACUUCCCACUGCAGCUCCCAAAGCAAACAGAAUAUGUCCAGCUCAAGUUCUGAGAAGGUUCGUUCCCACUGCAGCUCCCAAGGCAAACAGAGUAUGUCCAAUACGAGUUCUGAGAAGACUCGGAAGGCGAGAUUUUAUCGUAAUGGGGAUUGUCACUUCAAGGGUCUGGUCCUCACUAUUUCCAACAACAUCUUCAGCUCUUUUGAUUCACUUCUCAGUGAGCUUACCCACUCUCUGUCUGAUAUGGUGAGCCUGCCCAAGGGUGUCCGCACCAUCUACACUAUCGAUGGCAGGCACAAGAUCACCAGUCUUGAAGAGCUACAGGAAGGUGAGAGUUAUGUUUGUGCAUCAAAUGAACCAUUUUGUCCAGUUGACUACAAGCAAAAUACUACCCACGCCUUGUGUUUAAGUAUCAAAGUUGAGACCUCUGAAGCCUGGGAUUAUACUUCUUCCUGGAGAAGUGAAGGGAAGGAUAGUUAUGAUCUUACCACAGGAAAGUUAAUCACUGUGAUUUUAGGUGGAAAGAAACCUAGGAAAACUGUGAAGAUCCUUCUAAAUAUGAAGACUGCCCAUUCCUUUGAACAUGUCUUGAGAACUAUCACCAAAGUUGUUAGACCAGAAUCAGGAGAGAUCAAGAAACUUUUUACAAUGGAAAGAAAGCAAGUUACUUCUCUUGAAGACAUUUUUGGUGAUGAUAAUGUUUUUACUGCAUAUGAGUCAGAAAAAAGCUCUACUCUCCCUGAGAACUCUGUGCCAGACAAUAGUGAAAGCCUUCCAGAGUCAUCUGGUGCUAGCGCUAGCUCAGUUAAGUACUCUGCAUCCAGUAGUGCUGGAACCUCUUCAGAAAACAAACCACCUGCUUCAGUAAGUGGACCUUCGAGCACCCAACUUGACAUUCUUACAUCUUCAAAAUAUCCUGCUUCCACUUUAGCUAACCAACAUACUUUGCCAGCAACUUCCCAAGAAGUUAAAAAGCUUUCUGCAGAAGAUAUAUCUUCUUCCAAAAUAAACAGCAAACCUGAAUUUGAUCAUCUUGUGAAUUCUGACAAUAUGAGUAGAAGAAACAGAGGGAUUGAAUUAACAGCUUUUCUUGAUAAAUACAAAAUUGGGAAGGUUAUUGGCAAUGGCAAUUUUUCAGUUGUUAAAGUGUGCACAAACCGAAUCACUGGAGAAGAAUUUGCUCUAAAAAUAAUAGACAAAGCUAGAUAUCACAGAAAAGAGCACUUGAUUGGGAAUGAAGUGUCCAUAUUACGCCGGCUGAAACAUCCAAACAUCAUUAAAUUGGUGCAGAACACUGAAACAGAAACACAGCUCUUUCUGCUAUUGGAGUUGAUCAAAGGUGGAGAUCUCUUCGAUUUAAUUAGCUCUUCAGUCAAAUUCACGGAGAGCGAGAGUAGUUCCAUGUUGCGCGACCUGGCUGAUGCCCUCCAGUAUAUCCAUGGCAUGCACAUUGUUCAUAGAGAUAUCAAACCAGAGAAUUUGUUGGUAUUUAAGCUUCCUAAUGGAACCAAAUCUUUGAAAAUAGGAGAUUUUGGACUGGCUAUUGUGGUGAAAGGCUCCCUUUAUGCCAUCUGUGGAACACCAACCUAUUUGGCUCCAGAAAUUAUUUCUGAAACCGGUUAUGGCGUGAAGGUGGAUGUAUGGGCAACCGGUGUAAUUACAUAUAUUUUGCUCUGUGGAUACCCACCAUUCCAAAGUGAGAACAAUAAUCAGGAAGAACUGUUCCAAAAGAUCUUGGCUGGAGAUCUUCAGUUUCCAGCCCCGCACUGGGAUAACAUUACAGUCUCAGCCAAGGAAUUGAUCAGACAAAUGCUUCAGGUUAAUGACAAAGCUAGGUGUACUGCGGGUCAAAUUUUGAGACACCCCUGGGUGUCAUAUUAUUCCUCUAAUAAGAGCCAUAUGCUUACUCAAGAAACAAGUCAUCAAAAGUAGCAUUUUCACAGCAUGCUCCCCGUACUGAUCAGCACCAUCGGCAUACCUGUCAUUAGGAAUAAGAAUUCAGAGUGCUCUGCCCUUGGGUUUCAGCCCUCCUUUGUCACCUAUGGUAUGGGGCUGAAUCUGCAGUCACUAAAGGUUGGCCCUGCCCUCAAGUCUCCUCUCUCCCUUUACCUGCAAGAAGGUGCAUGUUCCCUCUCUGUACCACCUUCCCCAACCGCGACAAUGGUGGAGACAAUGCUGGCUGAGAUUGUGCUGGUCCAAGCCUAG